AUGCCAUUGUACAAAGAAGAUAAUUUUCUCAUAAUACAGCCCGGUUCAGAGUAUACUCUAUUCACAUUUGGGUUGAAGGAUUCCCUAUCGCCACCACAAUUCAGAAUUCCAACCGUCGUAUACAAAGAACAAGACACCAACCAAUACUUGUCUACACCGAGUGACAACACCACCGAAAUCAACCCUAUCAAACUCGGGAAAAUAGUUGACUUGGAUGCAUUCAAUGCAUUGAUACAGAUUGUGUUAUCGAGUGUGAUUCAACAACAUCCAAUUUUAACUAUCAAUCAAAUACCAUUAUUAAUCAUUGUACCUUCGUUAGCAUGGUCAAGAAGACAACUCGAAUAUGUAACCAAAUUUGUUUUUGAGACUUUAGAAAUUACAGCUUUCAAUAUUUUGGAUUUGAGUCUUGGUGCUACUUUUAGUUUUGCCAGUACUGUUAAUUCAAUAGUUGUCAAUAUUGCUGACGAUAAUGUUCAAAUUGUACCGGUUAUUGGAUACCAAAGUGUCAAAUUUGCCGGUGAGUACAUCCCAGGAAAAGGUGGUAUCACAUUGGAUGAAGAGUUGAAAAUAAAAUUUCCAAAUUUCACACCACAACAAAUUGAGGAUUUGAAAUUUAGUGGUAUAUUUGAAUUCUUGCUUGAAGGGGAAGAAUCAAUUGGAGAUAUAAAUCCUGAUGCAGAUAUGGAUACUGAAGAUCCUAGUGAGUUUGAUGUAGCAAAAGUUUUGACUGAUGAUAACGGACAACAAAAGGAAGAAGUUGAUGAAACACAAGUGAAAUCGAAUAAAGAAUUGGAGAAAAACUAUUUUAUUGACUCUUCUACACAAGAGAAGGUUUGGGUUGGCAAAGAACGAUUUACAACAGACUCUAAAUUGAUUGGCAUCGUUGCUAGUGGAAUUUACAAGACAUUAUUAAGAAUCAAUGAUCUUGACAAGAGACAAGAUUGUUAUGAUAAUAUUAUCCUUGUUGGUUCAUCAGUUCAGGUACCCGGCUUGAAGCAGAAAAUAUAUGCCUAUUUACUCCACAAUUACUUGGUCAAAGAACCAGUUACGACCAAUGGUGCUGCCAACACCCAAAACAAUAUCAAUUCAGCCAUUGCCAAGUAUCAACAAACUGAUGAUGCACAAGAAGGGGAUUCGCAACUGGCUAUGAGUCAAGUACCUUAUCGUAUUAGAUUUACCAAAAUCCCUGACUAUUUUCCUGAAUGGAAAAAACCAAAAGAGAAAGGAGGAUCAUGGCAUGACUGUUUUUUCCUUGGAGGUGAAAUUUAUGCUAAACAAAUUUUCUCAGGAGGUUCGCAUCAUCACAAUAAGGAGUUGUUUAUUGGUAGUGAGAUGUAUGAAGAAAGGGGUCCACAAAGUAUUUGGGAUGUAAGUAUUUAG